AACCGGGCGACCCUCCCCGCCUGCCGGUAAAGUGCGCCCUGCGGAAGCACAAGAGCAACCGCAAGCCGCGGACGCCCUUCACCACGCAGCAGCUGCUGGCGCUGGAGCGCAAGUUUCGCUCCAAGCAGUACCUCUCCAUUGCCGAACGGGCCGAGUUCAGCAACUCGCUCUCGCUGACGGAGACGCAGGUGAAGAUCUGGUUUCAGAAUCGACGUGCUAAAGAAAAGCGCCUAAAAGAAGCGGAAAUCGAGAAGCUGCGCCUCUCCACCCGUCCCUUCGGCCCCGGACCCUUUGGCCCCUUCGGCGUG